AUGGAUGAUGAGUUCUUGAGGCUCCUCUGGCUUUUGAUUAGACUAAGGCUCAAGCAUGACUCGUCACGCAGUUUUUUUGAGAAAUGGCACACAUGGCUCGAUGAAUUUGUGACGAAGCUGAACAAAGGGAGUGACAAGAAUUUAGGACUUGAAAAUAGAGAAGAGAUGAAGCAUCAAUAUUACUACUUCUCCUUCAUUCUCAUCUAUAACAUCCUCCUCUUCAUUAAAUCUCAUCUUCCUCCUCAUCCGCCAAGAUAA